AUGGCUCUUUAUACUAAGGGAAAGUCUUCAGAAGAGUCUGAACGAAGUGUGAAAGACCCAAAGUUUUACACAAGACCGAGUUUGGGAUUGAAAUUAUGGGGACCAUUAGUGCCAAGUUCGGACAAUACUACAGGGCUAUGGUCUUUGGUUGCCAUUCAAACGGGUCUCAGUAUAUUUUUAAUGCAGAGAUUUAGAAAACUUGGUAAGAAAUGGGUCAAGCGCGAUAUAGCGGAUUUCCCCAGUUUGAAUAGGUUUAGUACAACGCACGGUGAUAUGUAUAUGACCAGGCACAUACCUGUACAGUUUGGAGGUACUCAUUCAUUUAACAUUCGGGUAGGAACGCGCACUGGAUUCUGGUAUUCCGAUAAAUUCAGAAGUAUGAGACGUCUUGUGUACCUGCUAUCUGGUACAUUAAUACUUUCUCAAUCUAUGUUAGAAGUUUCAAGACUCACUCUCUUGAAGUAUGACCCUUGGGUAGAAGAGGCAAAAUCCGUGAGAGAGAAACAGUUUUUCAACGAUAUUGUGAGGUUUUAUCACGAAGGUGUGGACUCGACGAAGUUCAAGGCAAAAGAUGAACUCUCUGGUCAGACCAUAUCAUUGAAUUUACCGGAAGUGAAGCAAACUAUUGCUGUUGCAAGAGCGCAAGCUCAAGCAGAAAACUUGGUUACAAAAUGGUUCGGCCCGUUGGAUUAUAAGCCUCAAUCAUUUACUGAAUUUCUAGACAAGCUAGAAUAUUAUCUAAACAUGACAGACUUUCUUAAUAAUUUAAGACGUCAGAAAAAACUGGAUGAAGUGGAUAAAGAGUUGGAGAAGUUAUCACUUGAAAACAAAAGAAAUAGACAACGAAUUCAUAAUAUAGCAACACAUGCCCCUGCAAGGGCCAUGAAAACGAAUAAUAAUGCACAAGGAGUGAUGGGAAUAAGAAGGGUUCUUUUGCAUCACGAUACGGAAUCCUCUAACGAUAUAUCUCUAUCAGAAAUAUGGGCAAUUUACAAUCCAUGGACAAAUUUAGCAUUAGACACUGCAUUAAGCAUAAAGUUCUUUCCCUCAGUUAUUUUCAAUGAAGACUACCUAGAACAUCAGAAGAGAACCAAUGACUCUGAACAGGUUGACUCGAUGGAACAAAAGAAUAACACCACUGAUGGAAAAGAUUUAGAAUAA